GAGUGUCCUGUUGGGAGCCUUUAAAUUCGGGAUGUCUGGCCAGUGAGCUUCAGACGCAAGGCAUCCUCAGCCACUGACUCUCACCGGCCAAGGAAAAAUCACAGUCAUGAAAAUUGAAGUGAUUUUCUUUUGCCUCAUAGGCAUUACCUAUUCCCGCCCAGUUAAACAGAUUGAUUCUGGCAGCUCUGAGGAAAAGCAGCUUUUUAGCAAAAAAUACCCAGAUGCAGCCUCAUGGAUAAAGCCUGAUUCGUCUGAGAAGAAGAAUCUCCUAGCACCACAGAAUGUGGUGUCCUCUGAAGAAACUGAGGACUUGAAACAAGAGGCCUUCUCCAGUAAUCCCAACGACAGCCACAUGGACGAGUUGGACGAGGAUGACAUUGGAGACCGCAUGGACAGCCAGGACUUCUCUGAGUCAGAUGAAGGCGAAGGCAGUCGUGAUCAUAGUCACAACCAUGAUCAUUCGGAGCACCACUCUCACCACGACCAUCACCACCAUGAUGACUCUCACCAUGGGGAUGAUUCUCACCGAGGGGAUGACUCUCACCACCAUUCAGAUGAGUCUCACCACCAUGAGGAAGAAGUGGUCGCUUUGCCUACCCCUAUCACAGUGGCAACACCAGUCUUCACUUCAGUUAUUCCCACACUCGCCCAUGAAAGCCAUGAAAGCCAUGGUGAUACCUCGAAGAAGUCUAAGGCCUCAGAAGUGUCUAAUGUUCAGUCUCCUGGGGAAUUAUCCUCAAACUUGAGAAGCAAGGAGUCCCAUGAUGCGCCCAAGGCCGGCCCCGGUGUUCCUGUUUCUAAUCAUGAGGACACUAGUCCACAGAUUAAGGACAAGGACUCUCAUGGUGCAUACCAGGUCAUCCCUAUUCCUGAUGCUUCACAGGUGGACCUCACCUCACACAUGAAAAGCAAAGAGUCCCAUGAUGCGUUCAAGGUCAUCCCUGUUCUUCAUUCAUCUCCAGAAGAACGGGAGUCCCACGAGACACUCAAGGUCAUCCCUGUUCUUCAUUCUGCACCAGAGGUCUCUAAUGCACACAGGGAGGCCCAGGAAUCCAUCAAGGUCAUCCCCAUCCCUCAUAUUUCACAUGAGGAAUAUACCCCACAUGACAGCAAGGAGGCCCAUGAUUCACUCAGGGUCAUUCCCGUGCCUCAUAUCAGGUUUCCCGAAUGGGACACUCAUGAAACGGAGUCGUCCCACAGUUCAGAAUCACAGGGCAACCACGGCAAUGAGCAUUCCUCAGAAAAUAAGAAAUCCAGUCACAAGCCUGCUGGGCCUGACAGCCAGGGGAGUUCAAAGAUCAGCCAUGCGCUCCAUAGCCGUGAGUUUCUUAGCCAGGAAGAUAUGCUGGUCCUAGACCCUAGAAGUAUGGAGGAUAAACAUCCGGAAUUUCGCAUUUCUCACGAGUUAGACAGUACAUCUUCGGAGGCCAAUUAAAAAGAGGAGAAUUGAAUUUCUAGCCUUAAUUUUAGUAAAAAGGAAAAAAUACAUUGAAGAGAAUUAAAAGCAUACGAAGUGCAUGUUUCUCGAUGCAGUGAGUGGAUUUAUGUGUAUGUGGAAAUACUGUUUCAAUCAUUAGUUUAGUUUGUUGUGCUCUCGUAAGACCUUUUUAACCUAAAAGCUUUAGCAUUUGGCUCAUAUACUUUCCAUGCAAACAAUCAAAAUUCCAACAAUCACUGCAUUUUAGAGUUUGUUAUUCUAUCAUAAAUAGAAAUGCAUGUAAAAUCCAGCAAAAUACUCUCUCAUGCUUUUAAAAGAGAUACUACAUAGCAUCUUACCUCCUUAUAAUACCUGCUUUUAAAGUUCUUGUGAUCAUUUUUGUUGGUGUGAAUAAAUUUACCUUGAAUGUAA